AUGUUCAAGACAGUCGAGCGACCGGCAUUCUCGGCUAUCCAAACCAAGCUCUUCCCCAUCUACUUUGGCCUGCAGACAAUCCUCCCAGCAAUCUUAGCACUCACUUUCCCUGGCAACACGCUCGCCGGAGUAUCAUCCGGGAUAUCCGGGCUUCUGGAGGCGUCUAACCGAUGGCAUUCGUUGGCGCCAAUUGCCGCGAUGCUCGUUACCGGACUUGUGAACCUGGCGAUCCUGCUUCCUGCUACAACCAAGACUAUGAAAGAUCGCCAUGGACAAGCCAAGCGCGAUGGAAAGGAGUGGUACGAACCGGGUCCACAUUCAGAUGAAAUGCGCGCAUUGAGCAAGAAGUUUGGCAUGCUACAUGGCGUUUCUUCGCUUCUGAAUUUGGCUACAUUUGUUUCGGCCUUGGCCUAUGGAUUCACCCUUGGUUCUCGCCUGCAAUCUGUUGUAGACAAGAUUUGA